AUGUCACGCCGGAAGCAGAAACGACCCCAGCAGCUAGUUAACUCGGACCAGGGGGGCACGCGGAUACUAUCGCACGGUGAGAAAAGUUUAUUAUGGUUAUUCUAAGGCAUGCGUCUGUUUUUAUUUCUAGGAUAUUUCCCAUAGUUAUAUGAAUGAAUCAACAAACAAAGUUACAGGUCGGAAUUUACAACUAUGAUGAUGAUCAAUAGGGUUAAACAAGGUAACGUUAUAAGAUAACCUUGUUUGCAGAAACUGCAGUUAAAAUCCUGCUACGAGAGUAGGCUUAAAGUCAAAGUUUGUUUAUUUUGUUACAUUUUAUGUAAAUUCCUCCUAAAAUGUUACCGUUCACAUCUAAAAAGUCAUUUUACUCAGGUGACCAAUCAUCAGCAUAACUUGAUCUUUGCAUUUUGGUUCUUUGUUUGCAUAUUUUAUAAUGGCAAAAAGUCAUAUCCUCUUGCAAUAAGUUCGUUUAGUGGAUUGCAGUCUGCAAUGGGCCCCAGUAGUGGAGUCCGAGUCCCAGGUACUUGAGGGCUGGCCCUGUAAACUUGUCCCUGUGGCCUGGUUGAUAACACCCAUCUGUGACCAUUUUCCUGUGAUGUUUAGUCCUCUAGGAAACUAACAGGCUGCUCAGGGCUGACUACUGGAGGUCUUUCAUUACUUAGAUGACAGUCUCCCUAUUCAUCAACAAUAAGGCUGGAUCAGUGGGGGGGAAAGAGAGCUGGAGGGGGUCUUUUUGGUAAAUAUCGCUCAUUCUCUCUGCUUCUAUUCUCUUCUUCUCUCCUUGCUUUUGUCCCUCAUGUUUCCUUUCCUACUUGUUCUCACCACCUUUCUACCCUCUCAAUGCUCACUGAAUGCUUCCCUCCCUCUCUACCCCCUCCUGCUCUAUUGACUUGGUGUGUAAAAUAUUUUAGGGGGGGGUGUAUGCAGAAUGCUUGCACCUUCACUUGCAUUUAACAUUUUCUACACCUUAGAAAAUACUAAUAACUUAUUAGAAGUUCUACAGAUACAUUUCCAUAGAGAUCAACUUGAUGUCUGUGAAGAGAACCAAGAUAGACUAUUUAGCAGCAGCGAGUAGUACAGUCAUUCAUUCCAUCACUAUGUCCUUCUGGGAGGGAAUAGUUAGUCUUUCCAUUGUCCAUACUCCCUCCCCCUCCCCCUUCUUUUCUCGCUCUCUCUCUCACUCUGUGCUCAAGAUUCUGAAAGAAUUUGACCCCAGAGCUCUAAAGGUCAGAUGAGCAGACCAAUCACAAGCUUCUGGACAGCGCCCAGUACCCUUAGCGUGUCCCGACCUCUGACCCCUGAUGUGACGUCAGAGGGGGAAGGGUGAAUAGGUAGAUGAAAGGAGUGAGGGAUGGGUUAAGAGGGGUUAUGGGUUGUCUUGAAGAUGGCCAUUGUCCAUUUAAACAUGUUGUCAUAGCAGCAAGGUGGUCUGCAAGCUUUUGUGUGGGAAGAAUACGUUUGGAGAGUUUUGCUCAGGGAAGAGGAAGUAGACAGAAGACAAGAUAAUAUCAUGAAGAGGGAACGACUGUGACUCUGUUUGUUUGUAGACUAUUAAUCAAUAUCUGCUAAUGCAUUGCUUUACAGGAGAAGACUGCAACUUUAAGAUUGGGAUUGAAAUAUGAAACAAUUGUUGUAAUCAAUGAUUACACUUAAAGGUUUGGACUUUUGGACUUAAGUUGACCCCCCACUUCAAUUCCAUAGAGCAUGCAGCCUUGCACCCGGUCUUUCAUGAUUCUUAUAGGGACUUAACAUCAACAAUGAAUUUGAUCAUGAAACUGAACUUUUCAUUUGGUUGAAUAGAGUGAUGAAAAGGCACUAGUCUUAAUCCUUGUUUUUCUCUCUCUGUCCAUAGACGACCAGCUGUCAGCAAAGUCACCGUCCACGUCUCUGGGCUCCGAACUGACCUCCUCUGGGUCCUCAUCGUCCUCCCCCACCUCCCUCGAAGAUCGCCAGCCCCCCCUGGCCCCUCGGCCGUCACCUGGGGGUCUCCACGCACCCUCCCUCCCCAGCGAGAGCUCUUCGCCCCCCCACUGGCCCAGCCACAUCGCCCCCUAUACCACCUCCCUCCCCAACACCCACUCAUCCCUCUCUCCAGACUUCCCUCACCCCUCCUUAUCCUCCCAGACCCAAUCCCUGCCACUCAACCUCAAUCAGACAUCGGGCCACACCCUCUCCCAUCAGGCCCACUCCCACGCCACUAUGACCUCACCACAGAUGGGCAGCUCUGCCACCACCACUACCUCCUCCUUGUCCUCCUCCCUCCCUCCCCGCCAGGAGAGCACCAGUCCUGGGCAUCAGAACGGCUCCAGCCCCCCGGUGCCGGGGCAAGGCCAGAUCCAGGUGCCCCUGACCCUGGCUGUGGUCCUGGAGGAGCUGAGGGUGCUACAGCAGAGGCAGAUCCACCAGAUGCAGAUGACCGAGGAGAUCUGUAGGCAUGUUCUCCGGCUAGGAGGAGCCAUCUAUACCCAAGACACCUCCCAGGCUGGUAGUGGAGAGAACCACCAAAGAUCCACAGCAGGAUCCCCCUCCCCAACACACCAUCCCUAUUCAGCCCCUGUCCCAUCCUCGGCCUCCCCUCUCCUGGCCUGCCUCCCCUCCCUCCUCCCCCAGCUUACUGUCACCAAGCCCAGCCUCUCCUCUCACAGUAAUGGGACCAGAGCACCACACUCUACCUCGCCCUCCACCACUUGGAGCUCCUCGAUAGCCUCCUCCAUGCAUCCUCUGUCCCUGGGUCUACCCCCGCGCUAUCUCCAUGAGAAAUCCUCCAACACCUCCCUGUUCGGCCACAGCAACGGGGUCAGCUUCCCCACCCCGCCCCUCCCCACGACCAGCCACUCCCAGGACAACCUGCUGCUGUCCAGUUCCUCCUCGGCCGGGUCCUCAUCUGCAGGGCGUCCACAGCAUGCCUGUAAGUUUUGUGGUAAGGUCCUGAGCAGCGAUUCCUCGCUACAAAUCCACCUGCGCUCCCACACGGGGGAGAGGCCAUACCUUUGUCCUGUCUGCCUCAGCCGUUUUACCACCCGCGGGAACCUCAAGGCCCACUUCCUGCGCCACCGUGAGCAGAACCCGGAGUUGUCGCUCUCGCUGCUCCCUCCGGCUCUGGAGCAGCCCGCUCCUGUCGCCACCACCGCAGGCCAGAGACGCAGGAAGCGCCGGGCGGAAGAUGAGGAGCCACCGUUCGGUGGCGUGAAAGGAAUGACAGAAGGAAUGGCGCUCAGUUUCCUGUCUGGGGCGUCUCCUCGGCCUUCCCCAUCAUCUAUACCUAUGCCACCCAGUAUGGACAUGGCGCUGUUGUCCACGGCUCACUCCCUGCUACAGCUGAACAGGGCCUCCGCUGCAGCAGCCAGCGCCUCGGGUAGUGUGUUACCUUCAUCAUCAUCAUCAUCAUCCUCCAUGGGUGGCCAGUUCAAAGGGGUGAAGCAGCAGAGGUUUGAUGAGAACACCCCUCCACACUCCACCAUCCAUCCAGGCUCCCCCUACUCCCAGCUGGCCCACUUCCCCAAGAUCCUCUUCCCCGGAGGACCCUCGCCCCACCACCUUGCCCUCCUCUGUCCCCCAGGGACCCACACCACUGCCUCCCAGCUCCCCUACCCUCCCUACUCCAAACCCCAGACGUCCUCCCCCUCGUCCUCCUUCACCCAAACCUCCGACACCUCCAAGUUGCAGCGGCUGGUCAUGACACUGGAGAAGCAGCACCAGGGAGGGGGCCAGUCGUCCUCCUGCGGCCAAGCAGACGGCUCCUCAAACAGGGACACCCACGGCCAUGACCUGACCACCAGCUCCAACGCCUACCGCAGGGAGAUGAUGGCAGCGCUGGGCCUCAACCCCAACCCUGGGGCCAUGGUGAGCAGCAACAGCCAGGGACAGGAUCUCCCAGGAUCCACCAAUCCCGCCCUGGCCCCUAACCAGUGUGGUGUGUGCCUGCGGGUGCUCUCCUGCCCCAGGGCCCUGAGUCUCCACCAGGCCACUCACCUGGGCGAACGCCCCUUCCCCUGUAAGCUGUGUGGACGCUCCUUCUCCACUAAGGGAAGCCUGAGGGCCCACCUCGCCACCCACCGCGCCCGUCCGGCCAACUCCCGCACCCAGAACUCCUGCCCGCUGUGCCCGCGCAAGUUCACCAAUGCCCUGGUGCUGCAGCAACACAUCCGCAUGCACCUGGGUGGUCAGAUACCCCCGGGGGGAGAGGGGGAGGAAGGCCCAAAUAUGCCCCAAGAGGAUCCCACUGAUCUGAGCCAAAUGACCACAGCCUCUCCAUCCAAACCCUGCCUUCAAGGCCUCCAACCCAUGGCCUUAUCAAUGACCAGCUCCAUCUCUAACCCUAACCUGCUGGUCAGCAGCUUGGACUCAGGAGGGCCAGCGACCAAGGAAUCCCAUGCAGCUGACCCGAGCCCCCAUAUAGAGGGAGAGUCUGAACCCUCACCCUCAACAGCCAGCAUUAGCCCACCUCUGACCCAUAAUCCCUCCCCAGAAGACCCCAUGCUCCUGGGGCAAAGAUCUGAGUCUGACGACGGCCCCGCUGGAGCCUCCAUAGAAGACUCGCAAGACUCCCCAGCUGACCUCUCUAACACCAGCCCAAGUAGGCGACCAUCCGCGACCAGCUCCCAGCCCGCCUCAGUGGUGAAGGGUGAGGCAGAGGAGAAGGAAAACGUCCCUCUCGCCCUCUGUCCCCCCAGACCAGGUGUGGAUACUGAUAGCAGUAGGUCAGGAGGGCUCACUAACGGCUCUGGGUCAACCACAGAGAACCAGACCAACUCUCCAGAUGGACUCCUCCUCAGCCUUGAAUCUGAAUCCACCCUGAACUCCCCUGCCACCCUCACCCCAUCCCUACCACCCUCACCCCCUCCCCCUAAAGAAGCUCCAGAGCCAGCCCCCCAGGCCUCCAGUAUCACCCCACAGGAGCCCAGUCCUGAAGGGGAGGUGGCCCAAUCUGAAGGGGAGAGCGAGGGCACAGCACCCAGAGAUACCUCAUCAGUAAUGGGGCUUGAGAGUGAGAAGGAGACCCCUAGCUCCACAGAGGAGAGCGAUAGGGCUCCAAAGGUACCAGAGGCCUCCCAGCUAGCCACCCCAGCCUCAACGCCCUCCAAACCCUACUCCUGCACCAUGUGUGGGAAGGCAUACGCCAGCCGCAGUGGAUUAAAGGUAAACAUAAGAUAAGGAUAGAUCGUAUUAGAACCAUACGUUCCUAUGGAUAUACAGAACACUUGACAGAAGCUAAAUUGUGAUUCUUGAGAUUUGGCUAUUUCUCAUGUUUUAUUGUGUUUUCAUGCUAGCAAAUAUAUUCUAAUUAAAAUGAUUGAUUACUUAACCAAUACUAUUUUUCUGUGUUUCCAUCAACAGGGACACAUGAAGACACACCCUGUGUUGACCAACGUCCCCACCGAGACUUCUCCUCCCGCCACCCUGACCAAUGACACUGUGGAGGAUCCGAGUUCUCUCUCAGCCAAUGGGAACACUGGAGAGAAGGAUGAAAAGGAACGAUUGGCCAAAUCUCCUGAGAAACUUGUUACCUUAGAAGAUCAGCCAAUCACUGCUGGUUCUGGGGAGGAAGCAGAGCAACCUGCGAACACUACUGAGUAA